AUGGCUGCAGAAUUGGUGGGUGGAGCUCUUCUCUCUGCUACCCUUCAGGUGUUGUUUGAUAGGCUGGCUUCUCGUGAGGUGGUGGACUGUUUUCGAGGAAACAAACUUAGUGAUGAGCUCAUAAACAGUUUAAAGAUUGUGCUAUUAGCUGUUAAUGCUAUGCUUGAUGAUGCAGAGGAGAAGCAAAUCACAAACCCAAACAUCAAGCAGUGGCUGGAUGAGCUUGAAGCUGCUUCCUAUGAAGCAGACGAUCUCUUGGAUGAGAUUGCAACUCAUGCUUUGCAAUCCAAGUUGGAAGCUUCAGGUUCAAGAAAUUCCAAAAGAAGUAAGUUCUUCAACUCCUUUUCCAUUUCUCGUAGAUCAUAUAAUCGAGAUAUGAAGAACAAACUGGAGAAGAUUCUUAGAAGCUUUAAAGUUUUUGAAAAAAGCAUAAAUAUCCUUGGUCUUACUAAUAAGGGUGUCGGUGAAAAACCAUCACCAAGACCACCAACAAUAUCUUUGAUAGAAGAAUCAGAGUUCUAUGGUAGAGAUGGGGAUAAGGAAGCCACAAUUAAGUUGUUACUUAAAGAUGAUGAUAAGGGUAGCAAUAAGGUGUCUGUAAUUCCAAUAGUAGGCAUGGAUGGUAUUGGCAAAACCACCCUUGCUCAAUCAGAGUUUGAUAUUUUCAGGGUAACAGGAACAGUCCUUUCUGCAGUGCCUAAGUCUCAUUCUCUUCCUUACGAUAAGAGAAAUUUGGAUUCGCUUCAAACUGAGUUGAAAGAGAGGCUAAUGGGAAAGAAAUUCUUAAUUGUUUUAGACGAUGUGUGGAAUGAGGAUUAUGUUGAUUGGAAGAACAUGAGUAUGCCUUUCAAAUAUGGGGCUCGAGGAAGUAAGAUUAUUGUAACAACACGCACUGAAAAGGUUGCGAAGAUCAUGAGCACCAUUCCAACUCAUUAUCAGCUUAAGCAAUUGAAAGAUGAAGAUUGUUGGUGA